AGCUCUCUGGGAGGCCUUCUCGCGGGGAGUUCCUUGUACCCUUACUAGACAUGGCGCUGGCCAGCGUGUUGGAGAGGCCGCUACCGGUGAACGGGCUCGGGUUUUUCGGACUCGGGGGUCGUGCGGAUCUGCUGGACCUGGGUCCAGGGAGUCCCAGCGAUGGGCUGAGCCUGGCCGCGCCCAACUGGGGUGUCACGGAGGAACCGAGAAUCGAAAUGCUUCAUGGAACCACCACCCUGGCCUUCAAGUUUCAGCAUGGAGUCAUUGUUGCAGCGGACUCUCGGGCCACAGCGGGUGCCUAUAUAGCCUCCCAGACAGUAAAGAAGGUGAUAGAGAUCAAUCCCUACCUGCUGGGCACCAUGGCUGGGGGCGCAGCCGAUUGCAGCUUCUGGGAGCGGCUAUUGGCUCGGCAAUGUCGAAUCUAUGAGCUUCGAAACAAGGAACGCAUCUCGGUAGCAGCUGCCUCCAAGCUGCUUGCCAACAUGGUGUAUCAGUAUAAAGGCAUGGGGCUGUCCAUGGGCACCAUGAUCUGUGGCUGGGAUAAGAGAGGCCCUGGCCUCUACUAUGUGGACAGUGAAGGAAACCGGAUCUCGGGGGCCACCUUCUCUGUAGGUUCUGGCUCUGUGUAUGCCUAUGGGGUCAUGGAUCGGGGUUACUCCUACGACCUAGAGGUGGAACAGGCCUAUGAUCUGGCCCGCCGAGCCAUCUACCAAGCCACCUAUAGAGAUGCGUACUCGGGAGGCGCAGUCAACCUCUACCACGUGCGGGAGGAUGGCUGGAUCCGAGUCUCCAGUGACAACGUGGCUGAUCUACAUGACGAAUACAGUGGCUCUGCCCCCUGACGGAGGGCGGGCGUGGCUGCCUGCGUGUCCUGGGGGGACUGCUGCUGGUAAUGUGGGUGCGCUCCCAUCCUCUAGUGGAGGGGUCCUCAGUUGUGUUGAGAACUUGUAAGCUCUGGUGCCCUUGACCUCUGUGUGUCACUAGUUGUUAAUGACCUGCUGCAGAGGUGAUUGUUUUACUCUCUUGGAUGUUAACAUGACACUACUCCACUCA